AUGUCGACUAUACCGCGCCUACUCGGCCUCCCGCAAGAGGUUCGAGAUCAUAUAUGGGAUAUACUGGGCCACAAUGACGAUUACACCGCCCUCAUACAUACCUGUUCCCAGAUUCGAUCAGAGGUUCUGGACCGCCUGCCGCAUCGUCGCCUUCUUUGCCACUGCCACCGGCAAGAACAGCGGAUCCCCCAUUGGAAGCCCGACUGCCAACGUCUCGUCAACGUCGACAAACUGAGCAUCAUCGUCGGGCCGGGAGACAUCAACAAAUCCUACCUGAGAAUCGAAGCCGUCUGGAAAGCGCAAGAAGCACCUAAUACAUUCCGUCUCAGGAAGUCGGUCUGGUCCGUAAGAAACCGGUGGUCUAUCUUCGCCAAGGUCCUCAAGUAUUACGAGGCUAAGGAAACAGUCGUCGUGUUCGAGGCCCCCCGCAGCAGUUUCCGCUCCGUCGGCCUGCUCAUCGCCCUAGCCAAGAUGUGCGAAACGAUGCCCGUCAUCGACCUCCUCGACGGAGAGCUGGGCGACCUCAGUAUACAUUUCAGCGAAGACGGCCCAGGGACUACGGCCUUCUGGGAGCGUCGUGUGGAGACCGACUACCGUUCAAGUGCGACAAGCAGAGACACUCAACCGCUGUUCUACGAGUGCAUGAUUAUCCCUUUCCUAUACGACAAUAACAGGGGUCCGUACGACACAAGAAUCACUUUUGAACGCCCGCCGGCGAACAAGAGCCUAUUGUUGAAGCAGUCUCCGAGACAACCCGGUCUCGAAGAGCUGAAUUGGCUUGCUGUAGAGAGCUGGAUGGGUCAUGAAGAAUGGGGCCAGGGACUUGCACGCGCAAUUUCGGAAGAUUACGUUCUUCAAGGUGGCAUCGCCCUGAGAUGGAGGCGACGCAUGGGAUUCGUGUUCUGGAGCGUCAGGGGCUUCCCCGAGCUCAUCGAUAACGUGUUCGAAUUCUAUGAGAGGUUGAGAUCGAUUAUCGGGGGCCUCGUCCGCAGCGCCCUUCAAUAUGACUCUCCGUUUCAAGAGAAUCCCACCCGUGAGUUGAAAGACUUACGACGUCGUUUUCGGAAGUCGCCCCGCGGCGAGGAGGCCAAACCGGAGGGUCCAGAAGAACCAGAAUAUUUUUCUAGGUUCACCCACGUCCUGGAGGAGCACUUUGUCCAGUGGGCUUCGACAACCUCCAAAUUCGAAUUGUGCGGGUAUUGCUGCUAUGGAAAGAGGCAAAGCUGGGGGGCCAGGUGCAGGUCUCCCACUCGCUCCGAUUCCGGUCAUUCCGUGUAG